UUUUUACUUGUUAUGACUUACGUUGAAUCAUAACAGUUCAGCUGGAUUAAGGGAUAGAAAAAUUUUGUUUUAAACGCAACAUAAAUAUUGCAUCCAAAGUUUUUCUUAUCAGAAUGCUCUGUCGGUAAUUGAAUUUAGAAAAAAAUGUUUAGGCAAGUGCUUCCGGAAACGAAUGGCAUUGAACAGAUAUUCAUAAUUAAAUCGGAACCAGUGAAAGAGGAGGAGGCCAACGAUGGAUCUGAUCCCAUGGUACCGGAGGACGUUGAUCAAAUCAAACCAGAGCCGGAUAUUGAUAAAGAAGAUGAUGCCAAAAUCGAAAAUCCGAGCAAGGAUGAGCCAGCCGAAGCACCAAACUUUGGAGUUCUGGAUGUCAUUGUGAAGCAGGAACCGGAAGAAGAUGAAACAUCCGAAUCGGGAGAAGACGACGUAAAGUCGAAUUUUGAUACGAAUGAUAAACGUGAAGUUGAUGAUGAUAACAAGAAAAAGUCCAACAGGAAUUUUUCCAACAAACAGGCCACAAAACGAAAACGAAGAAGGAAAGCGGUUGAGGAUAAAUCCGAUAGCAAUGAAGAACGAUUCAUUUGUAAACUUUGCGGGAAAGAGCUGUCCACUCAGUUCAAUCUAGAACGUCACGCCAAAGGCCAUGAGAGAGACAAGGGAAAGUUGGAAGUUAUCAAACGGUUUGUUUGUCAUUAUUGUCCAAAUAAGUUUUCCACUCUGUUCAAUCUUCAACGUCACGAGGAAAGCCAUGAAUCUAAGAUUCCCAUUGCGCUGCAAGUUCACAAAAAGAAAGAGUUUUACUGCUACGUAUGUGGGCAUGACUACGAAACCAAGGACAGAAUCCACGAACAUCUCUACACCCACGCUGAUCUUUUGCCGUACACUUGCAAAGAAUGCGACAAAUCCGUAAAUAUCAAAUCAGUUCGUGUCCUAAAUCAACACUUGGAGUUGCACAAGGAAACUCAAACGGGCAGCAUCAAAUGUUUGUACUGUCCGGCUCGAUUUCAUUCACUCAAAGGAUGCCAAAUCCACGAACGAGUCCACAUCGAUGGAAGUGUCAUAGCGGAGGCGGAACUGCGUGCCCAACACGAAAGCAACAAACUGAACGUGAAAGUCAUCGUCGUUGACGGAUUGAGACGAUAUGCUUGUGAUUAUUGCGAAAAAUCGUACACACUUUUGGCCACAUUACGGAAGCACACGAAUUCGCACACCCUGGAUAAGAUUUAUCCUUGCCAGAGGUGUGGGAAAACGUUUGAUCGAGCUUCUUCGCUAACUCUGCACGAGAAGGUCCACUCGGAUUUUGCCCCGUACAAGUGCGAAACGUGUGGCAAGGGGUUCAAAGCUACGAUACGAUUGAUUCAACAUCGACGGAUUCACACUGGCGAAAGACCGUUCGUGUGCCACUGUGGCAUGGCAUUCCGGAAGAAGUUCGUCCUGACGGUACACGAAAAGAACUGUGUGCUUCCGGAUAGCUCAAACGGUUGCAUUUGUCGUUUCUGUCAAAUGAUCUUAUCAGGUUAUGCAGAUUUAAUAAAGCAUGUUACAGAGCUUCACACGCAAGGACUGUCGGAAACAAGAUGUCAGUUCUGUUCGGCCAAGUUCAAAAAUGCCAUACCGCUGGUCAUUCACGAGUAUCGGCACCAGCUGCCGAAUGUUAUCAAAUGUGAAACGUGCAAUCGAAUCUUCAAGAAUGAUGCACAUCUGAAAAAGCACAAAAGGGUCCACAUGACCGAGCCGGAAUCGUUCAUGUGCGAAACGUGCGGGAAGACGUUCGGUCGUUCGGUUUGCUUGCGAAACCACAAGUCAAUUCAUACCGGAAAGCGCAAACAUAAAUGUGAUCUAUGCUCGAAGAGUUUUCUUGUGCUGCGAAACAUGCGACGCCAUCGUGACAGUCACUUUAAAGUCAAAAGUAAAUAUUUUAUUCCAUCUUUGAGAGGUUCGCAGAGAGUAGCAAUUGGAUCAGUUGAGUCGCCAGUAAAGGUUAAUUGCAGUCAACCAGUGUCACACAGUGAAUAAGUUAAGGAUGUUUAUUGCCAUGUAUAAAUCAAAGAACAAUAUAUCUUAAACAUUGAAAAUUGA